AUGGAGUGGUCUGGCCUAGAGGGGCUUGGAACCAAGUUCUUAGAGACGGUGAAACGAGUCUACAAAGAGCCCCGGUUUCUGUUCUACGCAAUUUCAACUCUUGAGGAUGUUCAGGGACUGCUGCAGGAUAUUUUUGGUCACCUCGAAUUUGGUCCAUUAGGCGAAGAGGGAGUGCAGGUUGUUUGGAAUUGGAAAACUUCAAUGGAAAAACCCUGUGAACGUUUGACCUCACUUCGCUGCAUGGAGAGUUUCAGUCACUUGCGUCAUCCUGGACAUCACCUUGAGAGGACAGUGCAGGAGGAGUUUGAGGAGAUCAUUAGGGAUAGCCCUGCAUAUGUUUUGGAAAUUGCUAAGAGAAGAUUGAAACGUAAACGAGAACACAAAGGUUUGCAGCGUGCAGAACUUGAACAUGAGCAGAGGAAUGUUUACGCAUUGCAGUUGGCAGAAAUUGUGAGGGAAGCAUGUUUGCCUGUGACAUUUCAGCUGGAAUUAUUGCAAGAUCCCAACAGGGCUUGGAUUCGUAUUUUCGGCAACCGGAGAUCGAAAACAUUGCGUAAUAGGCUUAGGGCUUGGCAGAAGUUUCGCAAUUGGUAUCUGGCCUUUUCAGGUGAAGUGUGGCCCAAGAGCAUAUCGCCGCUUGUGGCGUUUGUGGAGGAGCGCAUCGACGAAGGCUGCAGCUAUUCCUGUCCAGGUGAACUCCAGGCUGCACUGACCGUCUUGGAGCAGGUCGGUAGGGUGCCAGAAGACAAACGUCCUGGAAAACUUCACGGCCAGUUACCGAUUUUCAUUCGCAGAGAAAUUUCACUCACUGGACAUGAUUGGCUUGCAACGGGGAUGGAAUUUACCAAGCUGGAUUCCUUCAUCUUCCCGAGGGACUACCUUGUCCCGGCUCACAACGAUGCAUGGGAUGGAUUCUAUCCUAAACUGGUUGAACCGCCGGCGCUUUCAAAUUUGAUGCGCAUGGUUUUGGGCAGGUUAGGGACGCCAAGGUUCCAAGAUGGAAUUUGGCGGACAAAUAAGGCGAUGCUUCUGGUGCCAGGAGACCUUCUUUUGUUUUGGACGGGCCAUAGCACUCGACACUUCUUGAAUCAGGCGGCACUGGCGCUGGGGGUGCCCAAAGAACGCCGAGACUAUCUUGGACGGUGGGCUUUGGGCAGGACGGGCAGCAAUGCCUACAUUCACACAGCGAGGCAAGUGGUUGAAACCAUUCAGCUUGAUGUGAUGAAGGCGUUAACCACUGGAAGUGCUGAAAUUGAUGAAACUGAGCUGUUGGAUGAGGUGACCCAAUUUGCUGAUGACCAUGGCCUGGUAGGACAUAGGAUCCGUCGCAGGCAUACGCAACAGCUCACAAGGGACCUUCCCGUGCUGCACUCAGAGGAACCUGAUACAGACCAUGAAACAGAGAACUUGGAUGAGUAUGAACUUGCAAAGAAAGUUGAUGAAUCAGACAAACAAGAGAGUGGAGUUGCUUCGAAAUUCUUCAUCACUGUUUCCAGGCGCACGGGGCUCAGACGUUUGCAUGCUCAUUUCAAAUGUCCAGUGCGCUCCCAGAGAUGCCUUGAUUCUUUUGAUGUUUCCUCAAUUGAUGAAACGACUUUUGACGUGAUGUGUCGCAUUUGCAAGAGACGUCUUCAAGCGGAUGAAGGAAAGCUUGAGAGUGAGAGCUCGAGCACCUCGGGAGAGUCAUCUUCCACGGAGUCGGACAAGGCACUGGAACCUCAAGAGGAGGCACUGGUGGUGAGCGCUUGGACGGCAGGAAGACAACUCUACGAAAAAGAAACGGAGUUGCAUGCAGAAAGUAAGGUGUUGGGGAUGCCCAGAAACCUUCAACAUAGCGAGCGGCAAGCAAUGCUGAAAGCAGUUGAAGCUGCACUUGGAGUUCUCGCUGAACACGAUACACCUAGCACUGAGUACCUUGCAAUGAAAGUGGAAGAAUGUGAAAACGGGGAGAUCUUGGCCUCUUCCCUCGACGAGAUCACGAGCAAAACCCACAAGAAUACCUCUUCCCUGCAGACUUCGUUGGACACAGCUGGUCAUGUGCGAGUGGUGAAAAACAAAUCAAAAGGGACACUGCCCAACAAUACCGAAGAGUACAGGCAAGCCUUGAAGUUGGAGGCAGUGACAUGGAUGUGCAUGGCUGCAAAAUUCAAGUCGAAACACUGGUUGUCGGACCUCAAAGCAGAUCAUUUUCAGCGAUUUGUGGAAUACAUCCUUGGUGACAGGGUCAACGCCAUUAAGGCCUUGAUGCGAGUGACCAAAGAUCCAGACCUCAAAGAAGCCUAUUUUACAACGCCGUUGGCUUUGACAACAGCAGAGACACCGGUUAAGUAUCAGAAGACUUCACAGAAGGGAAACAACGAAUGGACCAACCGUCAGAAGGGCAAAGGCAAGGGAAAAUUCCAACAACACAAGGGUUUUGGAAAAGGUGCCAAGAACAAUGCAUCAAAGGGAAAGCACGGCGAUUUGAGCCUGGUUGCACAAACCCCGGACGGAUGUUUUGGCGAUCACGCGGCAAGGGAGCACUCAAAGCUCCAAGGGAACCAGAAAAAGACCGAGAUCUUGGGAAAACCACUGGUGGUGACAAACCAGCAAGCGUUUGGCAACUGGAAGAGCUGGCCGCAGUUUGAUGAGGACCGCAAUUACUUGGGACCACUGCCCGCUGCAUGUUCACAUCCGUUCCAUGUCAGAAAACUUAUCGGGAAAGAAAACGGCAAAUGGAAAACAGCAGAUUCGGCGGCCUACCCGCCUCCGCUUUGCAAAUGGCUGGCACAACUCAUCGUCUCACGAAAGGGGGAAAGUCCCUCUGAGUUGAACAAGCAGUCAGAAAGGCCUCUUGAACGGCCCGUGCAACCCCAGGCACACCACGAGGCAACAGAGCUGGAGGAAAGCCAACAUCAAGCAACACAGGAGGCAGAUCAAAAUGUCCUGUCAGAGGAACGAACGGCAGAGCAUAACACAAGCGCAGAUGUGAGCCAGCGCUUGCAUCGGGGGCAGAAGAUCACUUUGGAAUGGGCUGGCAGAGCAAGGGAGCUGGUGGAUGGUUUCGGUUUGUGCUCACCCACUUUAUGGGAACCAUCAUGCAGAGGAGCACACAUGAGCGCGGAGGCAAAAGGCAUGUGCACAGAGAUUUUUGAGAUGUUGUCAACAUUUGUGGACAAGAAGUUUGCGGACCCGCGCAGAGAAGCAAUAAAACUUGGUCUGGGCCAUUUUCCUUCAUCCCCAUUCACGGACAAGGAGCUGGAAGAGCUGAGGCGCUGCUGGGCGGCUUUGUUACCUUCAAAAGACAUGGCGCUGGUGGUGCCUGAAAGGCAACCUUUCUUGCUUGGUCUUGUAGGCCAGUCUCUGGAGGCCUUUGGGGACCCUGAUUACUCCGUUUACAUGGAGGGCACGGAUUCAUUUUGGAAUGGAGUGCCGGUGGGUUACGAUGAACCGCUGCCAAGAAUUCCAGCUGUUUUUCCGCCAAAGGAAAAGGCCCGCCCUCUGGACGACUCGGAGUUUAACAGCAUGGCUUGCAACUACAAAUCCGCUGAGGGCAUGGCAGAUGAUCUCGAGAAGAAAUUUCGAGAAGAGGAGCAACUGGGACGGAUGGUGCCUACCACUCUUGGACGUCUCAAAGCAGACUUCCCAGAUAGGACUCCCUUGGUGGCAGCUAUGGGAGCAAUUCGGAAGCCAAAUGGAGAUGUGAGGCCGCUCCAUGAUGGCACUCAUUUCGUCCAGCUCAACAACCAAAUAAUUUUUCAGGAUCAGCUUCAGUACCCUGGCCCGGAGGAUGCAGCACAUAUGGUGAGACACAUUCAAGAGGAACAGGAGGCUGUGUUUGCCCUCUCGGCUGACAUCGCUUCAGCACACCGCCUGGUGAAGAUCAGAAGGCGUGACUGGCCGCUGCUGGGAUGCAAGGCCCGCACUGAGGAUAAAACGAUUUGGAUCAACUGCGUGGGGACUUUUGGGAUUUCCUCGGCUUCUUACUGGUGGAGCAGAUUGUUCUCUGGUAUUGGGCGCCUGGCAGCAUACAUCAUGCAGCAGCAGAAUUGGUGGCAACUGGUUUACGUUGACGAUUUGCAUUUGACUUGCCUUGGUGCUAGAAAGUUUGUGAAUAUGUGGAUCAUCCUCUUGAUUUAUGAGCUGGUAGGGACUCCGUUCUCUUACAAGAAAUUCUCAGGAGGUUUGAAGGUGCAGUUUGUUGGAUAUCUCUUUGGGAUCACAAAGAAGCGUGGCGAGUGGCUCGUGAAUUUCAUUGAGGAGAUGCGGAAAGCUGGAGGAACUGUCCUUUUGAGGCGGUUCAAUGAAUUUGUUGGACGAUUGGGUUUUGUGGCGAGGGUCCUGGUGUGGCUUAAACCUUUCAUGGCCCCCUUGUAUGCUUGGUCAUCGGUUCUGGACAGAAGCUCAGUUGCAACUGCACCCCGUUUGGUGUCUUUGGUGAUGAGGUUUUUGAGUGAACAGCUACAUGACUGUACCUACGUACAUACGUGCAGGCGACCAGAAGGCCUCUCACAAGAACUCUUCCGCACCGAUGCAAAAUGUGAAUUGGGAAGAGUCGUGUUGGGGGGCGUUCACUUGAUUUCAGGGGCUUGGUUCUCAGUGGAGUUGCGGCCAGAGCAAGCCCCCUACCUUUUUAAAGAUGGGGGGGAGUCGCAAUGGGCGUCAACAACUGCCGAGUUAUUGGCCGUGCUGGUGGCGCUUCAUCUUUUCGGCUUUGUGGGCGGCCCAGUGAAACCUGUCGCAACGCCCAUCAAGAUUUCAGCCGGCACUGACAAUCUGGCAAAUGAACAUCUCAUCAAGAAGGGACUGACAACUCGCUGGCCUUUAUGUUUGGUGUAUAUGCAAAUGACCAAAGCGCUCAUGGAUGCAAGACUGAUGGUGCAGCUGAACUGGCGGCCGCGUGAUCAGAACGCCCUGGCCGAUGCACUGACGAAUGAGGACUUUUCAGGAGUGGACAUCCAAAAGCGUAUUCACGUGGACUGGACGAAACUCGAUUUUUCUUGGAUUUGGAAACUCUGGAAUGAACGCAAUGCUUAUCUGGACAAGGAUGGUCUUAGGGCCAGUGCGAAGAUUGUGAAACUUGGCGAUUAUGAAAAAUCUGUUUGGUGA